ACCAUGGGAUUCCUUUUCUCUUGGGAUUGCUUUCUCAUCUGUGAGCCCUCUGGUUCCGUUUCUCGGCUCGGCUCUCUCGAAUCAACUUCAACAUCUUGGUUCCUGCCUUACAUUUUCUUAAAAUCGGACAUUAGGCAUCCGCCAUCCCAGCACUUCAGGAUCCGCGUUGUCUGAUCCGAGUAGUUCUCUUCUCCGAGAGGAACCCGAGUUUCUCAAACUGUGGCUGACUCCGCUUCCUGAUUCGGAAUCCUCGCCGUGUGGUCAGCUGCGCAGACUAUGCGUUGACGAAGCGUUCAUGCCUCUGCUCGCCGGAUUCCCGAUUCCUUCUCGUCCACCGCCGUCGCUGCGCAAUCUCCAGCAUUUCCCUCCUUUGUCCAGCUGGACAGCACCACCGGUGUCCACGUGUCACUCGAAUUCCACGUGUCAGUCUCCCUCCGAUAUUUUUAGGUUAGCUCCGUGUAACUCCAGUGUCCCUAGCUUCGUCCUUCCUGCCGUUUCUGACUCCUCCGCGCCUAGUUCUCCCAGUCCCACCUCCUCCACUCCUCCUCGUCGCGUGCUUUCUCUGCGUCUCGGACUCACUCCAUUGUCCCCAAUCGUCGCUACAAUCACCCUCGCUAGUGUCACAUUCACCGCUGCUCCUCCCCUCCUCGCUUCCUCCUCCUUCUCCUCCCUCCCGUCCGCACCUCUCUCUCCAUCUCCCCCCGUCGAGUCCUCCAAUCAGCCAUCUUACGCCUCAGUCCUUGCGAUCCCAGCGCCUAGGCGCAAGAUUUUCCGUGCGCGGAUCGCUAAGAGCGCCGGUAAUCGUCAGACGAAGGGGGUUCAGGCUAAAAGGUCCAGUCAACUGCCUAGCUGGCUGCAUUUAUCCCUCUCCCAGCACCUGGCUACGCGCAGUUCAGGCGUAGCGAAGAAGCGUACGACGAGUACAAAAGCGGUUUACACCACUGCGUUAAAAGAGCUGAUCUUUCCACAGCCUACCGUUGCCGCUGCCAGUACCUUAAGGACACUUCGUGGACGCAGCAGCCGUUUCGUCGCGAGAAGCUAUUUCUUGGGCGUAGGAGGUCGGAGUCUGAGCCUUUCAGCUGGUCGUUGGAACGGCCUAGUCGGGUCCCGCAGCGGCGGCAGCUGGGCGGCGGUGCCUGUCGUUUCCCUCUUCUGAGCCGAACCGGAUCUCCAAGAGGUGUCUCAACAGUAGCAGCCAUGAGGCUGAGCGUGCGCGAGGUGGACAAGCUGCGCCUGCAUGCGGCAGGGGCGCUGGCGCAGAAGCGGCUGGCGCGCGGAUUGAAGCUCAACUACCCCGAGGCCGUGGCUCUCAUCGCCACCCAGGUGCUGGAGUUCAUUCGCGAUGGGAAGAGCGUCGCGGAACUCAUGGACCUCGGCAAGCAGCUUCUGGGAAGGCGCAACGUGCUGCCAGCGGUGCCAGUGCUGCUGGACGUGGUUCAAGUAGAGGGAACCUUCCAGGACGGUACCAAGCUGGUCACCGUGCACCACCCCAUCAGCCGAGAGGAUGGCGACCUCUCUUUAGCGCUCCACGGCUCCUUUCUGCCUGUCCCCUCGCCUGACCUCUUCGCUCCACCAAUCGCCACCACUGCUCUAAGUGGCUCCAGCACACCUGGGGAGAUGCUAGUGGCGGAGACAGGGCCGCUGCUGCUGAAUGCUGGCCGUGCUGCUGUGCGUUUGUCUGUUAGCAGCCGCUGCGACAGGCCCAUUCAGGUGGGAAGUCACUACCAUUUCGUUGAGACCAACCCGCUGCUCUUUUUCGACCGCCAGCUGGCGUACGGCUAUCGCCUCAACAUCCUCCCCGGCACCGCUGUUCGGUUCGAGCCUGGCGAAACCAAGGCCGUGGUGCUGGUGGCGAUAGGCGGUAGUAGGGUGAUUCGAGGGGGAAACGCCAUAGCAGAUGGGGCAGUGGACGAGAGCAAGGCGGCAGAGGUGGCUGCCAAGGCCGUUGCCAUGGGAUUCGGGCAUGUUCCUGAGCCUAACGCACUCAAGGGAGUCGUGGGUCAAGACGAGGCUCUGACGGUGCGAGUGGAGAGGGAGCGGUAUGCCGACGUGUUCGGCCCAACGGAGGGCGACAGAGUGAGGCUGGGGGACACGGCGCUGGUGGUGGAGGUGGAGAAGGACCUAACGGUGUAUGGCGACGAGUGCAAGUUUGGUGGAGGGAAGGUGCUGCGGGAAGGCAUGGGGCAGGCGACGGGAGUGAAGGCAGAGGAUGCGUUGGACGUGAUUAUAACGAACGUGCUUAUUCUGGACCACUGGGGCAUAGUGAAGGCGGACGUGGGCAUCAAGGGCACGCGCAUCGCGGGCAUUGGCAAGGGGGGCAACCCCGAUGUCAUGGAUGGGGUGGACAAGGGCAUGGUGGUGGGGGUGACGACGGAGGUGAUUGCAGGCGAGGGGCUGAUAAUGACAGCAGGAGGCAUCGACACCCACGUGCACUUCAUCUGCCCCCAGCUGGCGGAUGAAGCUAUUUGCAGUGGUCUCACCACUCUGGUGGGAGGAGGCACUGGCCCGGCACAUGGCACACUCGCCACCACAUGCACACCAUCACCAGAUGGCAUGGCGCUCAUGCUGCAAGCGACCGACAACAUGCCUCUCAACUUUGGGUUCACUGGGAAGGGCAACACCUCACGUCCUGAGGGCUUAAUCGACAUCAUUAAGGCAGGAGCCAUAGGGCUGAAGCUGCACGAGGACUGGGGCACCACGCCUGCAGCGAUCGACAACUGCCUGAGUGUGGCGGAGGAGCACGACGUGCAGGUCACCAUCCACACCGACACCCUUAACGAGUCAGCUUGUGUGGAGCAGACCAUUGCCGCUUUCAAGAACAGGACUAUCCACACGUAUCACAGUGAGGGAGCGGGCGGGGGCCAUGCGCCGGACAUCAUCCGCAUCUGUGGGGAGAGCAACGUGCUUCCAUCCUCCACCAACCCCACUCGCCCCUUCACCACCAACACCGUGGACGAGCACCUCGACAUGCUGAUGGUGUGUCACCACCUGGACAGCAACAACAGGGAGGACGUGGCCUUUGCCGAGUCUCGAAUCCGAGCGGAGACCAUAGCAGCAGAGGACAUACUCCAUGACAUGGGCGCUAUCAGCAUGAUGUCGUCCGAUUCUCAAGCCAUGGGGCGCAUAGGCGAGGUCAUAACCCGCACAUGGCAAACCGCGCACAAGAUGCGUGUCCAGCGGGGCCCUCUUGCCGAGGAUAAAGACCCUGGGUUCGGCACCUAUCCGAACGAUAACUUCCGCGUGAAGCGGUACUUAGCUAAGUACACGAUCAACCCGGCGAUCGCGCAUGGGUUCUCGCACCUGGUGGGGUCGGUGGAGGUGGGGAAGCUGGCGGAUCUGGUGCUGUGGCGGGCGGCGUUCUUUGGAGCGAAGCCAGAGAUCGUGGUGAAAGGGGGGGCCAUCGCGUGGGCGCAGAUGGGCGACGCCAACGCCAGCAUCCCCACUCCUGAGCCAGUCAUCAUGCGACCCCAGUUUGCAGCAAGCGGAAAGGCUGUGGGCGGCCGCUGCUUGGCCUUCGUUAGCCAGGGUAGGUAAGGGGCGAGGCAUGGUGUGACCACAUC